AUGUCUGGACGUGGCAAGCAAGGAGGCAAGGCUCGUGCCAAGGCCAAGACUCGCUCUUCUCGUGCCGGGCUGCAGUUCCCCGUGGGUCGUGUGCACCGUCUUCUGCGCAAAGGGAACUACGCAGAGCGCGUCGGAGCCGGAGCGCCCGUCUACUUGGCUGCUGUCCUGGAGUACCUGACUGCUGAGAUCCUGGAGUUGGCCGGCAACGCUGCCCGGGACAACAAGAAGACCAGGAUCAUCCCUCGCCACUUGCAACUCGCCAUCCGCAACGACGAGGAGCUGAACAAGCUUCUGGGCAAAGUCACCAUUGCUCAAGGAGGCGUUCUCCCCAACAUCCAGGCUGUGCUGUUGCCCAAGAAAACCGAGAGCCACAAGGCCAAAGGAAAAUAG